UGCAUGUUGUCCCAGCUUCAAUCGCGCGAAGCUAUCUAAGCCGAUAAGCCGAAAAUUAUUUAAAUUUCACGCACCGAAUUAAAUCGUUUACUUAAUUGAUUGUUGUAGAUGUAUCUCUCGGUAGAUGUAUACUGUAUAAUUUAUCGGCGAUACUUGAUGGCUCGCGAAUUCUCUCCGUUGUUAAUGAAUUUAAACGUGAUUAAAUAACGUUUUACCUUCUUCGGGCUUCGCGUUUUUAUAACUUUCCGCAAGCUCGAUUGUCAAAAAUUCUUCAAACAAAGAAACAAUCGAAUUUGCUUCGAAAUCGAUUUACGUAACGUAAGCACGUAUAAGCAUCUUCAUAAGCGCGACAAAAGAUUUCUUUUCUCUUGCAAAUCUCCCUCGCGAGGAGAUCACCACCAUCGGAUAAAAGCUUUACGGCGUCGAAAGCUUUUUGGCGAGAUAAAGAAAUAAAGAAGGAAACUUAGAGUAAAGACAUCCGCAUCAAUGGAGUGUACCUUUCGCACACGUGUCGUUUCGGUCCGUUUCCCUCUCCAUUGCAAGGUGGCUGAGGCAAACCAAUCCGGGUUAAAACGGCUGAUGCAAUCACGACGGAAGAGCACAUCUAUCGCUCUUAUUCACGUAUCUUUUUUUCAGCGGUCGGCCGAGACACGAGAUAUUAAGACGGUUGCUCGAAUCGGUGUAAAUUAAUCGCUACUUAUUCGCGCGUGCAUACAGGGUGUUUCCUCGCUAAGCGCACCUCUGAGUCAGCGCUUCCCUCUCUCGCAGGAAGGUAUAUCUACAUAGUUUCUAAUCGUGAGCGAUCGAGGAGUCUUGUCAACUAAGGCACGCAUGGGACGAGCGGACGAUAAGAUUCCGUCUUUCUCCGUUAUUUUCAGAUGCAGCUGUGCCUCGUUUAUCUUUUGACGCUCGUCGUCGCAACCGACGUAGCCUUCGGAAAUCCUUUGACAUUCUUUCUAAUGACAAAUGCAUCAUAUACGCGGACAAACGUCGAUCAUCCCAGCACACCGAAUAGACUGAAAAGUGAGAUUAAACCAGUUGGCAUGAAAAAGAGCGGCUUCACGACAACGUGGACCAGAAUUUUGCAGAAUCCGCCGGAUUCUUUAGAAGUUGCCGUUGGGAGUCGCGUCGAACUGCAAUGCGAGGUAGUUGGAAAUCCGCCGCCCCAGGUUUAUUGGAUAACAGGAAACGAGCCGGAAAGGCAGAUUCAGGAGUUGACCGCGCGGGCUCAAAAAACGAGCAGCCAUAUAUCCACGGAAUGGGAAGGACUUAGUCAAAUCACUUCCACAUAUGUGAUCGAUUGCGUCAAAGUUGAAGAUCAAGGUUUAAAGUAUUGCGUGUCCGUAUCUAAAAAUAUAGUGACUCAAUCGGCGCCGACGGUAUUACUCGUUAAUAGCACCAAGGCUACCGAAUGCAAUAGAGAGACUCAGCCAACUAUCACCUUGCAUGCUUCUUGGAGAUUCGCUCUUAAUGAAAACACGGCAAUUCUUCCAUGCAGAGUCGUGGGCCACCCGGCGCCUUAUCUAUUCUGGUUAGAUAAUUCGAGCAAAAUCAUAAGUCCCACCACACACGCGAGACACACUGUUCUACCUAGUGGCGAUCUGCAGAUAACGGAUCUUGAUUGGCCCGAUAUGGGUGAAUAUACUUGCAAAGUACAAUCAGGAUAUACGGAGAAGAGCAUCUCCACAUUUCUAUAUCCUGUACUUUUCACAUCAAAAGGCAAAUGAUAAAUUCCGUGUAAGAAGGCUUCAAAAGAUUUCUGUAUUUUUAAUGCCCUUUGCCAUAAAUGAUCAAAAUCUAUUACUUAUUAUUUGUUUAAAAAUAGAAUGUAAUUUAAUUUUUUAGAAAUAUCACGUAUUAGAGAAAAGUACUUAUUUUUUUUUAUUUUUGUUAUAUUUACGAUACCAGUGCUACUUGUUCUCGAAAGCUCGAUAUUCGAGCGACAGAUUCACUUCUUACGUCGGAUCACAUAAAAAAAGUUUUCUCUUAUACUCAUAUCGAAGAAAGUUUGAGUCGAGUAUGGUUUUAAUAAAUGUGAUCUACACCAUCUACGCUUAAAAAAAAAAUGUUUACGCCCAUUAUAUUUAUCAUAAAAAUCUUGAAACAUAUAUUUUUAGCAGACUAACUUUCUUUGUUUUACUGAUGUCCAUAACGUAUUUUAAACUAUU